AUGCCAUAUGAUUUGGAGGAACCCCAAGACCACCCCCGGUUGAAGGACUAUAAAAUAACCUCAUAUAUUAUUGCCUUAAUGAAACGCCGCAAUGAACUUUGGGAAAAAGGAAUCAUUACGCAAAGACCCCCUUUAGAUUUAAAAAUACAUAAAAUACAUCCAGGAGACUAUGUGUUAAUAAAAUCCUGGAAAGAAUCUACACUAACCCCACAAUGGGAAGGUCCUUAUCUUGUGUUACUCACUACAGAAACUGCAAUUCGGACUGCAGAAAGAGGAUGGACACAUGCCAGUCGAGUAAAAGGACCAGUUAACAACACUGUGUGGCAAGUAACCAGUCCUCCCGGGAACCUGAAAUUGAAGUUACAGAGAAACUAA